CGCUUCAGCCGAUGCAUGCCAGCAAUGCUCUUCCACCGACUAUUGCUUUCGUAUUUACUCUUGCUAGGAGUAGACGUGCACGGACUUGGCGAUGUUCGUCUGCGAGAUGUUCUUAACGCACGCCGUACAAAUGCCAAAGUGACGGAUGAAUCCAGUCUUGGCGCAGACGUGCCAGAGUUUGUCGGCGAUGUACAAACGCGUUACGUAAACCAGCAACUUAAUCAUUUUGACGCGUCCGAUACCCGCUCAUUUGCUCAACGAUUUUUCUACUCCGAUCGAUACGCACGUGCGCGUGAGGAAAACCGUAACACCUACGCCUUUCUGUGCGUAGGUGGAGAAGGCCCGGCAUUGGACGAAUCGGUACUAGUCGACAGCGUGCACUGCACGGGAGACAUGUUGGAACUCGCCCAUAUAUUAUUCGAGGAUGGACACAAGGUGCACUUGUAUGCCUUGGAACACCGAUAUUACGGCGAGUCUUACCCGGUUUUCCGUGAAGGAGGUUGCUCCAAGAAUCGGACAACUUCUCCCGUCACCAACCAACAUCUCGUUUAUCUGUCGAGCACGCAAGCAUUGGCUGAUCUAGCUCAUUUUGUGAACAGCCGUUCGUUGGAUGGUGGGACGAACAUCAAGUGGGUUACGUUUGGGGGUAGUUAUCCGGGCAUGAUGGCGGCUUGGGCGCGGAGCAAGUAUCCCCAUUUGAUUCACGCGGCCGUGUCGUCGUCCGCUCCAGUGCAGGCUGUUCUCGACUUUUCCGCUUACAACAACCACGUAAGCAAGGUACUGGCCAGUGCAAAUGUAGGGGGGUCAUCCGAAUGUUUGGCCGUGUUCCAAGCAGCUCACGGUGAAGUGACCAGGAUGGUACACGAUGCAACUCAACACGCGGGUUUGGCGGAUAUGUUUGGACUUUGCAAUGCCACUUCCCUUCUGGAAGACCGAAACAAAGAAUUAUUCCUCGGAGAUGGUCUUGUUGAUCUACAUACACAAGGCAACAACCCAUCUUGUGACCGCGACCUUUGCAAUAUUGGCAAAAUAUGUAGGACACUUCUCAAUGACGCCAAAAGUUUCAAACCUGUAACGGCGUUAGCCAACUUGGCGCAAAGGCAGCGUGAUCGAGGCGCGUGUAUCAACAUUGACUGGACCGGAACUUUGGACUAUAUUUCUGAUCCGGUCCGAGGAGUUGAAGGUGGCUUGCGAUCAUGGCUAUGGCAAACUUGCACUGAGUUUGGCUUCUACCAAACUUGCAACAUGCAUAGCACAUGUCCGUACGGGCGUGGAUUUCAUCGAGUAGACCAAGACUUGGAAAUGUGUCGAGUCGCCUUUGAUAAGAGUGGUGUCCAAGUAGCCACAGCAGUGCGAUCAAGUAUGGAAGCUUAUGGUGGCUGGAAAAUGGAAGCAUCUCGGAUCCUAUCAGUCAAUGGCGACAUUGAUCCAUGGUCCGAGCUUGCCAUUCACGACGUGUCCAAUCCCCAACUACCAACAUAUCAAGUACCUGGUGCAAGUCAUCAUUUCUGGACUCACAAAGUCCUUGAUUCCGAUGGACUAGAGAUACAAAAGGCGCGGGAGUUUAUCUACGACACGGUUACGGCCUGGCUGGAAACAGGUUCACCGAACGAACCUACUACCGUCAAUUAAUAGAUUUGCAAUUGAGGCCAUAGAUGGAACGUGUACUAUAAAGUCUGCCUCUGGGUGAAGCAUGCUUGUAUGUUUCCUCACUGUCAAUUUUUCUGUUCCAAUUUACUGACACAUUGAUUGGAAAUUAUCUUUCCUAAUUGCUCGCCCG